AUGUAUCUCCGACCGACAAUAGGCUUAACCCGGCGAUGUCUCACUGGCUUCGCUUCAACGUCCCGCAGAGCAUUCGCCCAACAAGCCCGGCAAACGCGAACUCCGCCUCCUCCGCCGUUUGGCACUGUCCCGACAUGUCCAGAGCCGACAUGUGGAUGUGCUGCUACUCCUCCUAUACCUGAAGAUCUGCCUUUAGAUCGUGAGGGGCCGCUCAAGGGUGCAAUCGCUGGGUAUUCGGAGCAUGUGCUUGUAUGUACAGGAAAUGCAGAUUGGCCGUCAAGAAUAGAAGAUGAUAACGGUGGCGAUUGUCUUGCUGCUGAUCUGAAAGAGCUAUUUGGACGGGGUGGCACAUAUAGUGAUCCAUUUCACAAUGUUUCUGUGCUCAACUCUUCAUUUCCAAGCUCUAUACCACCUCGUGCUGAAGUACAGACAACAUCGGCUUACAUAUUGCCCAGCUUCAAAUACGUACCGUUUCUCCCACGAGUCUCAUUUGAUAGCGUAGAAGCGCUCGCGAAGGGGUUUCUACUCCCCAAACAACUUCACUCCGCGCAUGAAGGUCUCUCGCCCAUACAUCGGGAUCGCUUAACGCGCAAGGAGGGGUAUCAAGGCUUGUUGCCAGGAGUUCAAGACGUCCGCGAUGUUUUGGUCCUUGUAUGCGGACAUACAGGCCGCGAUGCAAGAUGCGGCAUUAUGGCACCUGUUCUAAAGACCGAAUUUGAGGAGAAGUUGACAAAAGAGGGCUUUGAUGUUCAGCAUGGGCCUAUCGAGGUCAACCUCAAUGACACGCAGAGAAUACAAGGAAAGACCGGGGAGGAAAAGACCACAGCUAGAGUUGGGCUGAUCAGUCAUAUCGGCGGUCACAAGUUUGCGGGCAACGUUAUUAUCUAUCUACCGCCUGAUUUAAAGAUGGGAAACGAGAAGCAUCCGCUGGCGGGACAUGGGAUAUGGUACGGAAGAGUAGAUCCCAAGAACGUGGAGGGUAUUGUGAAGGAGACUGUUUUAAAAGGGAAUGUGGUUGCAGAUAUAUUUAGAGGAGGUAUUGAUGCUCAGCACAAGAUGCUGCGGAUGUAA